GGGUGUAUACAAUAAUUAGCAGUGGGUGGUUAGUUCGGCUCACAUCACUGAGUACAUAAAUACUCCAUUUCCAUCCAAUCUUUAUAUGUUUAUAGCUAUUUCCCACAUAACCCAUUGCCUCCCGCGGCACUGAUGCAAUGGAAUUCUAUGGAAAGAGAACUCUGUAUAGCUUCAUGUCUGAACAGGGAAAUGCAAUGCAACCACCUAAAAUUACCCUCCCUUCCUUUAGAACUUUUCAAGAAAUGAACGACCAAGAUCAUGUCCAGUUCAGCCCUCCAAGGCAUUCUACUACCCGCUCCACCAAUAAGCUUAACUUAAUCCCGCCAGCUAGCCCAGAAUCACCGUGGACGCUCUCUCCUCUGCACACCCCAUCACCUUCUCUUCUCUACCAUUGCAUAGCCUCGAUUCAUCGCAACGAAGGGAACAUCUUCUCCAUUGCUGUUUCAAAAGGAGUAGUCUUCACUGGCUCUGAAAGUAAACGUAUACGUGCAUGGAGGCAGCCCGAUUGCAUCGAACGGGGCUAUCUCAAAGCGAGUUCCGGAGAAGUUCGAGCCAUUUUAGCUCAUGGUAACAUACUAUUCUCUGCUCAUAAAGAUCAUAAAAUUCGAAUUUGGAACUUCACAGUUUCAGAGUGUUAUCGAAUAAGAAAGGUCUCCAAAUUACCUAAAAGAAGUUCAUUUCGUUUAUUCUCUAGAUCAAACGCACAACAACAUAGGGAUUGUGUUUCUUGCAUGGCUUAUUACCACGCAGAAGGGCUCCUAUACACUGGUUCAUAUGACAGAACAGUUAAAGUUUGGAAAGUUUCAGAUAAAAAAUGUGUAGACUCAUUUGUAGCUCAUGAAGAUAAUGUAAAUGCUAUAGUGGUGAAUCAAGAUGAUGGGUGUGUCUUUACUUGCUCAUUAGAUGGGUCAGUUAAAAUAUGGAGGAGAGUGUAUAGAGAAAAUUCUCACACUCUCACUAUGACACUAAAAUUCCAGCAAUCUCCAGUCAAUGCAUUGGCCUUAAGCUCCACCUUCAGCAAUUGCUUUCUCUAUUCAGGGUCCUCAGAUGGUACCAUAAACUUUUGGGAGAAGGAGAAAUUUUCUGGCAGAUUUAACCAUGGUGGAUUCUUGCAAGGGCAUCGUUUUUCAGUUCUUUGCCUAGUGGCUGUGGAGAAGUUGAUAUUUAGCGGAUCAGAGGAUACGACAAUCAGGGUAUGGAGGAGAGAAGAAGGAAGCUAUUUCCAUGAAUGUUUAGCAGUGUUAGAUGGGCAUAGAGGGCCAGUGAGAUGUCUGGCUGCUUGUAUGGAAUUGGAGAAAGUUGUGAUGGGGUUUUUGGUAUAUAGUGCAAGUUUGGACCACUCCUUCAAAAUAUGGAGGGUUAAGGUUUUGCCUGAAGAGAAAAUGUGCAUGGAUUAUACAGAUCAGAGCGAAUCCAAGGCUAGGUUGAUGGAAUAUGAGAUGAGUCCUGUCCUGUCUCCUUCAUGGGUAGAAAGAAAACUUAGAGUUAACCCUUUUCAGUAGACAAAAACUAAUGACAGAAAGGAAAAAAGAAUGUUACUCUAUGGAACUUUUAUCUUCAAUAAACAGUGUGGCCACAGAUAUAAAUAUAAUCUUUGUCAUUUCAAGAAUUUGCAAUUGCAUCCACAGAUCCGAAA